UCCAUCGUUAGUGUGUGUACAGUAUAUAACAAGAGGAGUCCUCUGCCAUGAAGGACAGGUCGGACUGCUAGCAGGCCGGGUAACUCAGCCGGACAGCCGCGAUGGACUUCGUGCUGAGCGGGGCGGCGGCGUGCGGCGCCUGCCUGUUCACCAACCCGCUGGAGGUCGUCAAGACGCGAAUGCAGCUUCAGGGAGAGCUCAAGAGCCGGGGCUCCUACCAAGUUUACUAUCGCAAUGUCUUCCACGCGUUUUACACCAUCGGCAAAGUGGACGGACUGGCCGGUUUGCAGAAAGGACUGGUGCCCGGGCUGGUGUAUCAGUUUUGUAUGAAUGGAAUCAGACUCGGCUCGUACGCCGUCAUUGAGUCCUCUGGAUACAUCCACACUAACGGGAGGGUCAGCGCGGCCAAAACCACGUUAGCAGGGGCUGUGGCCGGGGUGGUGGGAGCCGUGAUGGGAAGUCCCGUGUACUUGGUUAAGACUCAUCUGCAGAGUCAGUCUACCUCCUCGAUUGCAGUGGGUCAUCAACACAAACACCAGGGGAUGAUCCACGCUCUGGCAGCCAUCUACAAGCAGCAUGGCAUUCUGGGACUGUGGAGGGGCUCUAGUGCUGCUGUACCAAGGGUCAGCGUGGGAUCAGCUGCACAACUUUCCACCUUCUCCUCCUCCAAGGAGCUUGUGGUUGACCUAGAGCUGUUCCCAAAGGGCAGCUGGUUGGUGGCACUAACGGCCGGCAUGAUCAGCAGCGUGGUGGUGGUGAUGGCUAUGACGCCUUUUGAUGUAGUGAGCACACGGCUCUACAACCAGCCUGUGGAUCAUUUGGGCAAGGGGCAGCUUUAUAAAGGAUUUGCUGACUGCUUCUCUAAGACCCUAAGGAAGGAAGGCUUGAUGGGACUCUACAAAGGCUUGGGAGCUUCUUAUUUCCGGCUCGGCCCACACACCAUUCUGUCUUUGUUCUUCUGGGAUGAACUGCGCAAACUGUACCAGCAGUUCAGAUAACACCAGGAGAAUGGGUAACUCAUUAAGCUCUGAGUGCUUAGGCUAAAUGAGUCCUGAUUUAAUGAGGAUGCUGUUAUAAGGUUAAAGAAAAAACAGGAGUUGGCCGUCUUUCUUGAUGGGAAAGAGAAAGGGCAAAGGUCACAUUUUACACUCCAAAAAGAAAACAUUAGUAUCUAGGAAGAAGGUGAAAAUGUAAAAGCCUCAUAUGUACACAGAUAUCAUGAUAACCUGCAUAGGAACUUAAAGGAUAACGUAAUACUGUAUGUCAAGCACUUGGCUAUGCCAUUCAAAAAUAUAUAAAUAAUCUACCCUGGCCAUAAUUCUCUAACCUCUGGAGAAAGCAUGAAAUGUGGCCCACAGUUUGAGAAAAUGAAUGGAUUGUGCCAACAGCCACAAGAGUGCCACAAAAACUCUAAUAUAAAAUGCUUGGUCCAAACUUACCAGGUGGCAGCUGCUCCAUGCUUCAUUUUUAACUCAUCACACUGGCAGUAAAAUGUAUCUUUGACUGUAUUAAUGGGACAAGACUACCUCCAAGUUCUUUAUGAUUUUACUUUGUAAGUUUAGAGCCAGAGACUGUCGUACCUACAUGUAGAAACAGAGUGCAGUGCAUCUUAAACACCAGCAUUUCUUAAUGCUUUAUGUUUGCUUAUUUUUAUAGGGAUGGAUGCAAAAAUCCAAUUGUUACUGAAAAGAUUAAUGUCAUAUAGCAUUUGCCUAUAGCCUGAGCUAAUUUGCAUCGCUUACGCUUUUCUAAAAGAAUAAUUACAUAGUGCAAUAGAGAAAACAUGAUGAAACCCAAACAAUGAAUAGAUUAAACUAAUUAACAGAGCAAAGUUUCACUGUGUCACUGGGCCCCUUUAAGAGACUAGUUAUAUAUUGACACGUGUUUUAUGAAAUAUAAAGAAGAUUUGAUAACCGAUACAUUUAUUUUAUGUUGCUGGGGGUUAACCUACCUGUU